GUGGGACUCCAGCAAGUGCGCUUUAUCCUUCUUCUCCAGACGAGCCAGGUACACACAGCUACUGACAGCUCGUCGCAAACAGCCUUCAGCUUUUCAACGAAAUAACGGCUUCCAUUGGUGCAGGAGUUCCAGCUCUGGCUCGUAGAAUGAGUUACUACUUGGAUCCAGUUUCCUCCUGUCAGGCUCUUCAACCGCUUGACUAUCUGGGUGCAAUGAGGCCAGUUGGUGGUAUGGCCAUUAGUAUGAUACCACAGAUACAACCUCCUGCAGUGUGCCACCCACAAAACCCAGCUCAAUCCAGACCACUGUAUGUCCACCACAUCACCCUGCAAGAGGUUCCCAAUGGACCAGAGUGCAUCACUAAUGCAGAUCUGGAGUGCGCAGAUGUUCCUUUACUAACUCCAGGAAGCAAAGAGAUGAUGUCACAGGCUCUAAUGGCCACAUUCAGUGGCUUCACCAGGGAACAGCAGCGACUCUCCAUCCCUAAAGAUCCCCGGGAGUGGACAGAGGCCCAUGUGAGAGAAUGGUUAACAUGGACAGUAAAUGAGUUCAGUCUGAAGAAUGUGAACUUCAAUAAAUUCAGCAUGAACGGGGCACACCUCUGUGCACUGGGCAAAGAACGCUUCCUGGACCUGGCACCGGACUUCGUAGGUGACAUCCUCUGGGAACAUUUAGAGAUGCUGCAGAAAGAAAACCCAAAGCAUUUCCCUGUCAAUGGCCUGACCAGCUUCCAGGAAUCUCGCUAUCCUUCAGAAUAUUUUUUUAACUAUGGGAUAGAGCAUCCCCAGUGUGUCCCUCCAUCAGAAUACUCAGAGCCAAGCUUCAUAACAGAGUCUUACCAGACCCUUCACCCAAUUAGCUCAGAAGACCUGCUGUCACUCAAAUAUGAGAGCGAGUUUUCAAAUGUUAUCCUGCGGGACGCGACUCUCAAUCCACUGCAGGGAGAUUACUUUUCAGUCAAACAGGAAGUUGUAUCACCUGACAAUAUGUGUGUGGGCCGCAUUAGCAGAGGUAAGCUGGGAGGUCAGGAUUCAUUUGAGAGCAUUGACAGUUUUGAGAGCUGCGAUAGGCUGACACAGUCCUGGAGCAGUCAGUCGUCGUUCAACAGCCUACAGAGAGUUCCCUCCUACGAUAGCUUCGACUCAGAGGACUACCCCACUGCGCUGCAUGGACACAAACCAAAGGGUACCUUCAAAGACUAUGUACGGGAGCGCUCGGACCUCAGCAAGGACAAACCAGUCAUCCCGGCAGCUGCGCUCGCUGGGUACACAGGCAGUGGACCCAUCCAACUCUGGCAGUUUCUGUUGGAGCUCUUGACAGACAAAUCCUGCCAGUCCUUCAUCAGCUGGACUGGAGACGGCUGGGAGUUCAAACUCUCUGACCCUGAUGAGGUGGCACGUAGAUGGGGCAAGAGGAAAAACAAGCCUAAGAUGAACUAUGAGAAGUUGAGUCGAGGUCUACGCUACUACUAUGACAAAAACAUCAUCCACAAGACAUCCGGCAAGCGCUACGUCUACCGCUUUGUGUGUGACUUGAAAAGCCUGCUGGGAUACACUCCCGAAGAGCUCCACAACAUGUUAGAUGUAAAGCCUGACUCGGAUGAGUAACAUUUUGACAGGGAAAAGAGGAGAACAGGCUGAAAUUGUCCCUCAGAUACCCUGGAGAAAUGGGGCGCCCAUUUUUGGGGUCCAGUCACAUUCCCUCUUAACACUUCAUCCUGUUCCAGUCAUGUUUUGAAAUCAUACCGGACACAGUUACAACAGGAAGCAUAAAAACAUUUACCAAAGUUUAUAAUUUGUAGACUUAAUGCGUCUGUAUUGUUUAGAGUUCUGUGGGGAAGGGGGAACUGUACGUUCAGGUAGAACUGCCUUUUUAACCCAGUAGCACAAACACCACUAGGAACAUGGACUUCUUCAUGGACUGAAAGCUCCAGUUAUUAAACAUGAUGCCAAAAUUAGAGACAAAAGGAAUAUCACAGUAAUAUUUACUCUUAAGUUAAGUACUGUUUCUGUCUCCUUGCAUACCCAUCACUAGGGGAGAGUUUUCAGCUGGACCAAAAUAACAAAAAAGUUUAUUUUGUAUUGUUUCUGAAAGAUAUAUAUGUGCCAGAAUUCAUUUGUGGAGAUCACUUGUAUUAAGAUGCUGUUUAAUGUCUGGACAUCGAUUGUUCCGUUUUGUACUUUUUCAAAUGCAGAAUCUAAAGGUUUCUUAAAGUCAAACUGGGCUUAAACAUUCCACUCUACAUCUUUUAAGGUCAUAGUUGGUUGUAUGUUGCUCUUACCCCAAUGUCCACAGUUGAAAAUACUGUUUUUGAUCAACAGAUCAUAAUAUAUAUAUAUACCAGAGUCUCGCCUUUUUUCAGUUUAAAUAGACCUAUCUCAGUCAAACUGAGAGUGAGUGUGAGACACGAACGAAAGCGGCCGUUGACUGCACAACAGUGACAGUCGCUGCACACAUUUCAACACCACAUUUGUGGUGAAAAAAUGUAGUGUAUGUGCGUUCAUGACAAUUCUAGUGUCAUUUCAUCACUUGUAUUAGGACAAAAGACAUCAAACGUUACUUGCCUUGGUUUUUAGGUUUGUACUCUUCACGCAUUCUUUCCCUCUGUAAUUUUAAAGUGUUGCCUUAAUAGAUCACAUGUGAUAGUAACAUGUUUAGGAACUUACUCUGUAUCUCUGGUAGACAGAAAAGCGUGGGGGUAGGUGACAACUGAAAUGUCAUGUAGCUAGGGCCUCUUCUCAAUCGAAUGGUUGCCGGCAAUGGUAGACUAGUGCUUAGUUAAGAGUUAACCGAACUGAAAGCCAUAAAAUCAAGACGUUUGAGAAUUUGCCGGAAAAAAAGUUGCAAUGUGAGGUAUUUCAACAAUCUUUAGCCAUAAUAAAAAGUACAGACUUGAGUUGUCAUCUGGAUGGUCUGACCCCUGACAAAUGAAGUUUGAAGUCAAAAGUACUGUAAGUGCAAAGGAUUUUGCUGUGGCAAAGAAAGCAAGUAAAGAUCAACUGGGUAGAGUCUUGUUGGUUUUCUAGAUGGUUUGAGAAGGUGACAAUUGGAUGUUUAUUGGAUAAUGUGACCGUAUACUCAUUUGAUACAUUUUUCGGCAGCUUUGAAAACAUGAUGCCAUGGAUGAUAAUCUGUUGGCAAGGUUAGCAAAUGGUGUCAUCGUAAAUAAGAUCAUAAUGCACAAUCAAAAAUGGGAGUUGGUGGUUUUGUAAUGGCUCAGUUAGAUGCAGUUUUAUGGACAACUAUUUUAGUCAACACUGGGUGUAACAUUUAUAUCUGAUUUUACAUUACAUUGUCCUAAAAAUUGCAAAUAUUGUAAAUUAAAUUUAUGAAUAACAUUCUUUACUGCAAAUUUGGUGUGAUUACACAUUAAUAUUGUAAUUGAUAUUGUAAUCAAUUACAUUAAUGUGCAACAUGGACACUGUAAUUUAUAGUGCAAACUGUAUUGUGGACCAAUGUUUGCAUUACUUUUAAAAAGUAAAAUAGACAACAUGAAUGGCAGUAAGGUUGAUUUUGUGCCUGCUUUUGUUUUGUUUUUGUUUUUUUAUUCAGUGUGACAUUUCAACUGUGUGGGAAGGGUCUUGAACACAAGACCUUGUGGGAAAAGCCAGAGUAAAGAAUGUUCAACUAAGAAACAAAUGUUAUUGUUUACAGUGGCAGAAUGCUACCCAUACAAAUUGGUGUAGCUUUGGAAUUGUCUGUUUUUACAGAUGACAUAUCAUAAAAUUGCUAGAUUAAAAAAUAAUGAGUUGUUGUCAGAUUCAAACUCAUGAUUUUUAUUUGAGAAUCUACAUUCCAGAAAAGCCGAGAAAGAAUACACAUCUUAUGAAUUCAAUGAUGUAUCUGUUUAGAAAGUUUGCCACUCUGUUCCUGCCACCAAAUGCGUUGUUACCUGAACAAGCAGUUGAUAAUAACAGACCUAAUUUACAUUAGCAGGGAAAGGCAGCAUAGUUUGGUUUACCAUCACAGUGAUGUUGUCUGACAUAUGAUUAAACCACACAUCAGAACAGAACAAACAUGUUUUUUUUUUGUGUUGUUGUUGUUUUUAGAUCAUAAUGCAGUCAUUGUUCCAAAUAUCUGAUUGUAAUAAUUGCAAAAUUAUGCAUUUAUGUGAAAAUGCACACUAUUGGCAGACCCAUAAUUGCAUAUUCAUAUUGAUGUUUUUUUUUAUUAUUAUAAUUAUUUCCCCACAAUUUUAUUUUGUAUGUGUUAUAUUGUCUGUAUUUUUGGUUAAAUGACAUUUUUAAUGUAUUUAGUUCACAAACAUUUGAUAUUUUUCAAUAAUUUAUAUUUUAUAAACUUUGAAAUAUGAGAUGCAGACAGCUGGUGCUUUCAUGGGAAAAUUACAGUAGCGCAGGACAAAAUGUAGUGAAAUGUCUUUUAUAUGAAAACGAAAGAAAAAAAAGAAGAAAAAAUUAAAGACCUGUCUGCUUAUACAGUUCUGUUAAGAUAAAGGCUGAUGCUGGCCCAUCAUUAUGUUCCGCUGGAGAGUUUUAUAAACAGUAGCUUCUAUUUCUUAUUGUACUUUAAAUUGUUCUGUUAUACAAAAAUAUAUGUG